AUGUCCUCUUCAACCUCUCCUUCAAACCUCACCCUCGUCAACAUCGGCACUCACUCUCUCGCCCUCUACACCCACGGCCCAGAACCCAGCAGCUCCGAAGACCCCGUUGUCCUGUUCGUCUCAGGCGUGGCAACCAGCAGCCUCGUCUGGGCAGCCGUGACACGGCUGCUCCCUCCCUCGCUGCGCAGCUACACUUACGACCGUUCCGGCUAUGGCAGCUCCGAGCUCUCGCCGCUCGCGCCCACGGCCGAGAACAUCGCUCUAGAGCUCUCCCGUCUGAUCGAAAAAGCUCCCAUUUCGAACCCUCUGAUUAUCGUUGGGCACUCCUGGGCCGGCGUACUCGUGAACGAGUUUGUCGUCCUUCCGCGAAGCGGCCCGUCUGUCGCUGCUCUGGUGCUCGUCGACGCCAACCACGAGACGGCGCUACAGGUGCUAAACCCGUUUCAUGCGAAUUUCCAAGCUAUUUUCGCGGGCGUCGAAGCAUAUUCUGCCAAGGGCAUUACGGCGGAGCAUAAGUUGACGCAGGAGGAGUGGGAUGCGUUUGUGAGUGACGAGGCGACGGAGAAGCACAAGCUGCAGGCGGAGAAGGAGGAUAAUGAGUACGCACCGAGUUUUGAGACGCUGCGGAAGAAGGAGCUUGGGAAAAGGCAGCCGCUGCUUGGAGACAAACCGGUUUAUGUUAUUGGAGGCUUCCGGAGUAGGGAUUGGAGUAGGAUGUAUAAGGCGGGCGUUGAGAAGGGGAAUGGAACAGAGGAGCAGAGGAGCUAUGCUAGAGAGACGAUUAGGACGGCUGAUGAGAAGCAUAUGGGUCUCAUGAAGGAACAUCUGAAACUCUCUACAAAAGGAAAGCUCGUAUUUGCACAUGAGAGUGGACACUUUGUCCAGUUAACCCAGCCAGAUAUUGUUGUCGAUGGAGUGGAAUGGGUCCUAAAUGAACUACAAACGUCUUCGUAG